AUGUCAGACGAAGACAGCAACAGUGGCUGGCAGUUGACAGAGUCGGAUCCUGGAGUGUUCACGGAACUUUUGAAAUCUCUCGGAGUGCCGUUAAUUGUCGAUGAUCUCUACUCGUUAGACGCCGAAUCACUGGCCGCACUCAAACCCAUACACGCCCUCAUCUUCCUAUUCAAAUGGGUACCGACAAAAGAUUCAGACGGCGGGCCUGCAGGAACAUACGAUCCCGAUUUCCCUGGGUUCUUCGCCCACCAAGUUGUCAACAACGCCUGUGCAACCCUGGCUGUCGUAAAUGCGCUGGGGAACAUCCCCUCGCUACCAACAGGCCCACAGUUGGCGGAGCUGCUGAGCUUCACCACCGGAAUGGAUCCACAGACUCGUGGUUUGGUCCUCACGAGCGCCGACUGGUUGAGGGAAGCCCACAACGCACUGUCUCCACCCAAUGCCAUCUCUUUGGAUGGUUUGGAAUUGCCUAGACAGGCCGAAGAGGCUUAUCACUUCGUUGUGUACCUGCCCUACAUGGGGGCAGUGUAUGAGCUUGACGGCUUGAAACCACAUGCUGUCCGGCAUGGAGCGUACGAGGAGUCGGGAGAAGGGUGGUUGAAGACUGCAAGAGAGGUAAUCGAAGCUCGGAUAAAUACCUAUCCAAUGGGAGCUCUCGAAUUCAGCCUUUUGGCUUUGCACGAUGACCCCCUUCCUACGCUCCAGUCUCAACUGCAAGAGGCGCAGACUGCUGGAAACAGCGCCGUAGAGGCAGAUCUCCUUGCCAGGAUUUCCAACGAAAACGCGAAACGCGAAAAUUGGGCUUUCGAGAACAGUCUCAGGCGGCACAAUCAUGUUAGCCUAGUACAUGGGUUGCUUUUAGCUCUGGCUAAAAUUGGGAAGCUGGAACCAGCAACGACUAAAGCUAAGGAGACUAUGAAGGAAAAAAUCAAGAAGAAGAAGGAGUCCGGAGAAGCUAUGGACGAAGAUUGA